AUGUCUCAGAAUGCUAUACCUGGCGCAGUGUCUUCAGCCGGCGAGUACGGGGUUAGCUUGGCGCCUCUGUCCCUGCGCUGUAGGCAGCAGCUCGCGCUGGCGUGCUCCGUGAGGCUCGAGCGCCUACGCCACUCCCCACGCGCGAGCCAGCCGUGUCCCGUGACGUCACACCGCGAGCCGAGCCCCGCCAGCAGUGUGCAGAACGUGACGUCACACCGCGAGCCGAGCCCCGCCAGCAGUGUGCAGGACGUGACGUCACAACGCGAGCCGAGCCCCGCCAGCAGUGUGCAGGACGUGACGUCACACCGCGAGCCGAGCCCCGCCAGCAGUGUGCAAUACGUGCCCACUCACACACCCGCCGAGCAACAAGCCCAAACACACGAUACUCGCCCUACACACACCCCACACAGCUCUAGUUUAAUCACACAUCAACAACACCAUAUCGCACCACAAACGAAUAAGAAGACUUACUAUUGCGACAUGUGUAGUCAGCAGUUUACGUCUAAACUUACUUUAAUCCGACAUAUCAGAACACAUACACACCCGGAACAUACAUGCGGAGUUUGUAAUAAAGCAUUUCUAAAUAGCGCAUUACUGAAUAAGCAUUUAAGAUUGCACUCAGCAGAGAGACCGUACGUGUGUGGAGAAUGCAACAAGCGAUUUGCAACAAAAAGCAGUUUGUAUAUGCAUAGAAGAACCCACAUUAGAGUCAAACCAUUCAAAUGUAAAGAAUGCAACAAAGAAUUUAUACUAAAAAAUUCUUUAGUUAUCCAUGAAAGAAUCCAUAGUGGAAUGAAGCCAUACAAAUGUAAAGAAUGUAACAAGCAAUUUACAAGAAAAUAUAAUUUAGAGACCCACAAAAGAGUUCAUACUGGCGUGAAACCAUACAAAUGUAAAGAAUGUAACAAGGAAUUCCGCCAAAAACAUUCUUUAGUUAUCCAUGAAAGAAUCCAUAGUGGAAUGAAACCAUACAAAUGUAAAGAAUGUAGCAAUGAAUUCGCACAUAGAGAUUCUUUAGUAAUCCAUGAAAGAAUCCAUAGUGGAAUAAAACCGUACAAAUGUAAAGAAUGUAACAAGCAAUUCACAGCUAAAAAUAAAUUAGUUAACCAUGAACGAACUCACACCGGAGAAAAACCAUACAAGUGUAAAGAAUGUAACAAGCGAUACAGAGUAAGAGCUUCUUUAUUUUACCAUGAAAAAACCCAUAGUGGAAUGAAACCAUACAAAUGUAAAGAAUGUAACAAGCAAUUCACAGUAAGAGGUUCUUUAGUUUCCCAUGAAAAAACCCAUAGUGAAGUGAAACCAUAUAAAUGUAUACAAUGUGACAAGGAAUUCACACUAAAACAUCAUUUAGUUGUCCAUGAAAGAAUCCAUAGUGGAAUUAAACCAUACAAAUGUAAAGAAUGUAACACGGAAUUUUCAACAAAAGGUAAUUUAGAGACCCACAAAAGAGUCCAUACUGGCGUGAAACCAUACAAAUGUAAAGAAUGUGACAAGGAAUUCAAAGGAAGCCAUAGUUUAAAGUACCACGAAAGAGUCCAUAGUGGCGUGAAACCAUACAAAUGUAAAGAAUAUAACAAAGAAUUCUCACAAAAAAAAUCUUUAUUUAUCCAUGAAAGAAUCCAUAGUGGAAUGAAACCAUACAAAUGUAAAGAAUGUAACAAGCAAUUCAAAAGAAGACAUGGUUUAAAGAACCACAUAAGAGUCCAUAGUGGCGUGAAACCAUAUAUAUGUAAAGAAUGUAACAAAAAAUUUACGCAAAAACAUUCUUUAAUUAUCCAUGAAAGAAUCCAUAGUGGAGUGAAACCAUACAAAUGUAACAAAUGUGACAAGGAAUUCACACUAAAACAUCAUUUAGUUAUCCAUGAAAGAAUUCAUAGUGGUGUGAAACCAUACAAAUGUAAAGAAUGUAACAAGCAAUUUAGAAGAAAAGAUCAUUUAGAGAUCCACAAAAGAGUCCAUAGUGACGUGAAACCAUACAAAUGUAAUGAACGUAAACAACAAUUAAGUCAAGAAUAUAGUUUUGAGACACAUAAAAUGAGUCACAUCGGAGAGAAGCCGUAUAGAUGUGAAGUAUGUAACAACCAGUUUACAUUAAAAUGGCAAUUAGAGAGACAUAAAAAAAUACACACCGAUGAACAAUCAUACGAAUGCGAAAUAUGUGAAACAAUUUUUUUCGAUGAAAUAAAUUUAAGGAAACAUUUUGAAACACAUAUAUCCAGGAUACCAUAACUUUGUUGUUUCGUAAAAUGGUUUAUAAUAGCUCAUACUGUUUUAUUCGGGUCCAGUCAACAUAAUUUCACUCUACUGCUAUUCACGUCACCAUAUUGCUGGGUUCAUUUUCACAGACAAAAUAUCGUAUAGUCGACCGAGAGAAACGAUGCUAACGUCUAUCUUUCAAUUGCACAUGUGAAUACAGAUGGCAAGCUACGGAAAGUUUCCAAAAAGUUCGAAAAGUUCUCGGAAAUUUCACAGGAAACAAAAAACUUUACAUUUGGUCUUUGAAAUACAAUUUUAAUUGAAGUGCAGUGUCAUCAAAUAUACAGAGAUGACACUUCCUACACAACCGAAGUUUGACAGCGAUUCAAGGACGAAUCAUUCUAUCCUUUUCUAAGUAGUCGCACUAUCCCUUUCGGCUAUUUAGGGUUGUCAAAAUUCAAGUCUAUCUUAUCUGUGGUCGUGCACGCAAAGGGACGUCAAGUUUUGCCAACUCUAAUAAUUGCUCGGAGGAAUGCUGAGCCGAAUGGAGCCGAGUUUGCCCGAACGGAGUUAGUGUCUCCCCACUGCUAAGGGUAUCGAAAUAUUUUUUGGUGGGCAUUAUAUUAUUAACCCCGUUUAUAUCAAUAUUAAGUAUUACUGAGAAGAAGCUUUAUUCAUAUUGGUAUUA